CGGGUGCAGUUCCGGGUGCCAACGAGUCUUCUGACUGGAGCCAUGGCUGCUCUCUGCCUCUUCGACGUGGAUGGGACCCUGACUGCCCCGCGGCAGAAAAUUACAAAAGACAUGGAUGGCUUUCUACAAAAAUUGAGGCAGAAGACCAAAAUUGGAGUGGUAGGUGGGUCAGAUUUUGAGAAAGUGCAAGAGCAACUGGGAAGUGAUGUGGUUGAGAAAUACGAUUAUGUGUUUCCAGAGAAUGGCCUGGUAGCAUACAAAGAUGGGAAGCUUUUGUGUAAACAGAGUAUUCAAGGUCAUCUGGGGGAGGCAGUGAUCCAAGACCUGAUCAACUACUGUCUGAGCUACAUUGCAAAAAUUAAACUCCCUAAGAAAAGGGGAACUUUCAUUGAAUUCCGAAAUGGCAUGUUGAACGUGUCCCCUAUUGGGAGAAGCUGCAGCCAAGAAGAACGAAUUGAGUUCUACGAACUUGAUAAAAAAGAAAAUAUACGACAGAAAUUCGUAGAGGACCUGAGGAAGGAAUUUGCAGGGAAAGGCCUCACAUUCUCCAUAGGGGGCCAAAUCAGCUUUGACGUCUUUCCUGAUGGGUGGGACAAGCGGUAUUGCCUGAGACACCUAGAACAUGAUGGUUACAAGACCAUUUAUUUCUUUGGAGACAAGACUAUGCCGGGUGGCAAUGAUCAUGAGAUCUUCACAGACCCCAGAACUGUGGGCUACACAGUGACAGCACCCGAGGACACGCGCAGGAUCUGUGAGGAGCUCUUUCCUUAACUCCAGAGGAAUGGGGUCCUGGCCAUCAAGACUGAAAGGUCGCUCAGGGUCAGGGGCACUUAGGGCCAGAGCUGGAGUUCACCUCAUGUGCAUAUGUCCCCAGCCUGCAGCCAAGCUGUCCUCAUGGUCCAGUCACAGGGACUAGUGGUCAUCUCACUGGGCAUGCCAGUAGGCCACGCCUCCACCUCCAUCUAGCACUGGCAGCCCCAAGGGAGUAGAAAGAAUGCAAUCAGAAAUGGCUGUGGCGGGGUGUGGUGGCUCAAGCCUGGAAUCUGUACCCAGGAAGCUCGGAGGCCUGGCCCCUUACCCUUUGCGGAACUGAAAAUAUAAGUUUGGGGUUUUCUGGUGGUGGUGGGUUUAGAAGGGCUCUAUUUUGAGACAUGGUCUCACUAUGUAGCCCUGGCUGCCUCAGAACCUGCAGUGUAGACCAGCCUGACCUAGAAUUCAGGGUGUUUGGCCUCUGCCUUACAAAUGCAGACUACAUGCACCAACACACCAGCCAAGGUUUCAUGGAAACAUGACAGUUGUCAGUUUCAUUUGACCAUCAAAAAGAGGGAUCUGAUGAUAGAAAAAAUACAAGGCAUCCACAGUUACCCACCUGGGAGAGAACUGAGGACUUUCAGAAUGCAUUCCCAGUCUGCGCUGAGGCUGGGGCAUGAACUGAAGCCAGUGUUCUGCCAGAGAGCUGAUGUUUCUGUUUUCAAGCCAGCUUCCUGUCUAUGAGCCACAGACCACAGCUUGACCUGUCUGACGGAGAGCUGGCCGGGUGACAGCUGAUGACAGUUUGCACCUCCACUGGCCUUGCCGGCUCUGGUUGCUACAUCUCAACAGGACUGCUCUCCUGUCACCCAGCGAAGCUCUGCCUGCAGCCCUUACCCAAGGAACAGCCCAAAGGCCACAGCCACAGGAGCUGCACUCCUUCAGCCUCUUCCUGGAGACUGCCCAGGCCUCCUCCAGAACCUCAGGGAGAGCCUUCCAAGAACAUUUCCCAGGCCGCUUUUCAGUGCCUAGUAAACGGUUCUGCAGCCCGGCUCCUCCUUGGGAGCCCCUGCUGCCCUUUCCUGCCUUCAGCCACCAUGUGCUCCCACUACCCUACCUUUGACUGCCCGCACUGGCACCUGCUGCUGACCCCUUUACCUCUGUCCACCCCCACAGGAGAGUGCCAGGACCUCCACCCUGUGGCGUCCUCCUUGGAUGUUAUGGCAGUGCUGUGACCACUUGCCCAGGGAAACACAUUAAAGGGACUGCAUCGUUCCUCA